AUGCCUGGACGAUAUUUAUCAACUCGGGACAAAGAAAAAUUUUGUGGAAGCGCGAGAAAAAGGAAUUCAGAGGAAAGAUGUAUACACGGAACUCGGCGAGAAGCAGGUACGAGUGGAAGAAUUGCGCAGAUUGAUGUACACGGAGCUCGGCGAGCGGCUGUUCAAAGCGGCAGAAUUACGCCAAGAGAUUGCAAUGGAGAAAGCAAAGCGCAUAAUGACCAAACGGAACUAACUAUUCUC